GUCGAUCUUUUCAAGGGUCACCCUUAAUGGAUACUCAUCAAAGGAACCAGGUUGAAGAUUACAGUGAAGGACGAAUGACCAGUGACAACAGCGUCAAGAGCCGGCAGCACCAGCCUCGGGAAAGUUAUCAGAGUUCUGAUCAUCUUCAACAACAGAAUCGGGCUCCUCAGGAAAGUUAUCAGAGUUCUGAUCAAAGUCAACAACAACAUCAGCCUCAGAAAAGUUAUCAGAGUUUUGAUCAUCUUAAACUACAGCCUCAGCCUCGGGAAAGUUAUCAGAGUUCUGAUCAUCUUCAACGACAGCAUCAGCCUUGGGAAAGUUAUCAGAGUUCUGAUCAUCUUCAACAACAGCAUCGACCUAAGGGAAGUUAUCAGAGUUCCGACCAUCUUCAACAAUAG